GAAACAUCAAAGCCUACCCCUAGAGACACUCUUCUGACAAAGUCACACCUACUCCAACAGGGCCACACCUCCUAAUGGCGCCACCUCCUGUGAGCCUAUGGGAGCUGUUUUCAUUCAAACCACCACAGUGAGGCGAUAGAACGAGCUCAACCUUGGCUUACAGUGGUGAGAGAACAAUAGCAUUUAAAGUGAGUAAGUCAAGAACUAAGACGCAAGCUUGUCCUCCAUCACUGUGUGAGCACCAGCGGCAUAACUCAAGCUAGAAACUGCUAGAAGCAGCUAUCUGUGGGGAGAUGGCAAAGAUGCAGAUAAGGGAUCAGUUUAAAAAAAAAAAGCUAAGUCAUCCAUUAAACACAGGGAAAGGAGUAAAUACUAAAAGGAUACUUAUAAAAAUGUGACAGAACACAUGUACACACAUAGCCUCUGCCCACUCUAACCACUCACUCCUACCUUUCUGUUUCCUUGUAACUUCUGUUUGGAUGCCCUCUGGCGUGGUGCUGAAAAUGGAUACAUGCAGAGUUCUCAGUAGAGUGUGAGUGAAGAAACUCAAUAGAGAGUUUCUCACUGAAGGUGAGAUAAGAUAAGGGAAGUGAUGGAGAACUGCAAGGAGACAGGAAACCAAUGGAGAGCCUGAGAAGAGGGCCAGGUUGUAGGGCACAGCUGUCCCCAGCAGCUAGGGCUUUGCAACCAGCCAGAAGGAAGCUGGGGCAGAAUAGACCUUAUUCCUCCCACCUCUUCAUGGACGAGGGUCCAUCCUUCUAAGUAAGGUCUGGAUUGAGAGGGCAGGGAGACUGGAGGGGACAAGAGAGCCUCCAGCACACUUAUGGCCUUGUCUACAUACUACUUUGUCAUCUCUCUCAGCAGUUGGAGCUGCUGCAAACUCCUAGUUCCUAUUUCCAGCAAAGCCCCUGGAGUCUGCUUCAUCAUGCUCAGGCUCUAGAGUAGACUUCCCAAGGCUACCAUCUUGGAAUAGUUAGCAGCUGCAGUCUUGAUGGGACUUCAAUACAUGCUGCUAUUAGGUCUGUUUCACAGGAAAAUGUGUGAUCAUGAUUAUACUGUGUAUGUGAAACAGUAGUCAUUGUAACAAUGUGAUUAGCUUAUACGUGAAACAGUAGUCAUUGUAACAAUGGAAUUGGCUUGCCUGGGCUUAAAUGGCAACAGUGCUGCUUCCAGUAAGCCUUCCACCACAUGAUACACACAUUGCUACUCUGUACCUGGGCCUGAUAUGUCCUAGAUGAGGAAGUCUGAAAGGGAUUAGUGAGUGAGACUAUUUAGAGAAUGGAUACACAGGGGAGGAUCCAUUUCACUCAGCAGAGACAACAGAUUCCAGACCUUGGCUCCUGGAUGCCAUUCCUGGACACAAAAUCCCUGAGAAAAGCAAUAAAAAUUGACACUCUUUUUUUAAGAACUGGCCCUCUCCCCUCCUUCUCAGUGUUUUCUAAGAAGACUCUUACAGCAUCUAUGCACUUGUCAGAAGUGUUGCUGCCAGAGAAACCAGGCAGAGGAUAUACACAAGGUCACUGUUUUCUCAUAACAUUCUCCAUAUGAAUGUGAAUUUGACUUGUCUCAAAAUUAAUCAAACAUACUUAAAAUUUUUUUAGUAAAAGCAUAUUAAAAGCUUUUUCUCAGAGGAUAGAUCUCAGUACAGAGGGUAGAAGGCCAACUUUCAGGUUGAUGACUAUGUUUAUGGCCUUGAUGGUAGUCACAGUUUUGAGGUAUACACUUGUCCCAGUCACUAUUGAGAUAUAAAUGUGUACACCUGUUCAAAUGCCAUUUACACCUCCAGAAGGUCACCUCAAAACAUGAGACUUUGAGUCUGGUUAAUUUUGCUAUGUGUUUGUUUUUUAAUCUCCACUUUUAAUUCUUCAGAUAAAAAUAAGCUCAAUAAAUGAUAGUUAUAAUCUUCUCUUUAGAAAGAAAAGAUAAAUCAGUGGUAAGGUGACAGAAUACAAAAACUACUCGUCUCUUCAUCAAGGAGCCAGGUGCUGUCCUAGGUGCUGGGGACAAACAGAUUAAAACAGGCCAGAUCCCUGUCCUCCUGGAACUGGCCUUCCAAAGCAGGUGGUUUGCUCAAAGCCUCAUUGCUGCUCAUAAAAUCCAAGCCAAACUAUAUAAAUAGUAGUUCCAAAGUACCCACAAGGCAGUGCUUCCCGAUGCCCAGAGGAGAGCUAACGGCUUGAGUUUCCUAAGCUGCUUGACAAGACUCAACGUUUGUAAAUACCAACCUUUAUCCUGAGUCAGAAACACAUGAGUCAUUUUUUCUGGAUGCUCUCCUGUCCAUGGGAAUUCACCAAGAACUGGUUUCAAUGUCCCCUUACAGAUUAAUACCUUGGGUUCUCAAGUCUCCUGCAGAAGAUUUGGGAGGGGUUGGCAUAUGACACUAACUCAUCCCCAGAUUAUGGAUGACGGGCUAUGAUGUAAAUGGUAUGCAAAUAGUCGCAUUGUUUAGAAAACAGUGGGGAGGGAGAGCCUGCGUGUUCAGUACAGACUCCACUGGAAUUUUCUGAAUAUUUCCUGGGCUGGAUGCAGAGGCAUGAAAACCUCACACAAGUUAGACCACUGAUACCUGCAAAAACUAGAUAAUGCUUCAUCCCACCGGCUUUCCGAUAUCUGAUUCUUCUCUCUGCUUGCUUUAGGCUGUAGCGUCCUAGGGAGCUGUGCAAGCACAUGGCUGCUGCAGAGACAAGGAUGUGACUGACACAUCACAAAACCCAGGUAGCACCCCCAAAGAAAGCUUUCGCCCAACGAUUUAAGGGCCCUUGAGAACCUUGCAACAUCAAAUGAGAAGAUGAAGCCAGCAGACAGAAAAUGAAAGCCACCGGAGUGCUGGAGGGUUCCCUUGAAGCCACGUCUAUCCAGGUUCCGAGUUCCUCUUCAGGAUGGCCUGUAACAGCACGCCCAUCGGGACGUACCAACAUCUGCUGCUGAACGCGAGCAACACUCUGGACCCCGGGGCGACCCCACUGUCCGCACCGCUCAGGAUUUCGCUGGCAAUAAUGAUGCUGCUGAUGAUCGUGGUAGGAUUCCUCGGCAACACGGUGGUCUGCAUCAUCGUGUACCAGAGGCCAGCCAUGCGUUCAGCCAUCAACUUGCUGCUGGCCACCCUGGCCUUCUCCGACAUCAUGCUGUCCUUAUGCUGCAUGCCUUUCACCGCCAUCACCCUCGUCACUGUUCGAUGGCACUUCGGGGACCACUUUUGUCGGCUUUCAGCUACUCUCUAUUGGUUUUUUGUCCUGGAGGGCGUGGCCAUCCUGCUUAUCAUUAGCGUGGACCGAUUUCUCAUCAUCGUGCAGCGUCAGGACAAGCUGAACCCACGCAGAGCUAAGGUGAUCAUCGCGGCCUCCUGGGUGCUGUCUUUCUGCAUCUCUGCGCCCUCAUUCACUGGCUGGACGUUCAUGGAGGUGCCUGCUCGGGCCCCACAGUGCGUGCUGGGCUACACUGAGUUCCCAGCUGAACGUGCCUAUGUGGUGACACUAGUGGUGGCAGUUUUCUUUGCGCCUUUCGGCGUCAUGCUGUGCUCCUAUCUGUGCAUCCUCAAUACGGUGCGGAAGAAUGCUGUCCGUGUGCACAACCAGUCAGACAGCCUGGACCUCAGACAUCUGUCCGGGGCUGGCCUGAGACGUCUUCGGCGGCAGCAGCAGCAGGCCAGCCUGGACCUGAGCUUCAAAACCAAGGCCUUCACCACCAUCCUCAUCCUCUUCGUGGGCUUUUCGCUCUGCUGGCUGCCGCAUUCGGUCUACAGCCUGCUGUCUGCGUUCAGCCGGCGGUUCUAUUACAGCGCCUCCUUCUACACCACCAGCACGUGCGUCCUGUGGCUCAGUUACCUCAAGUCUGUCUUCAACCCCAUCGUCUACUGCUGGAGGAUCAAGAAAUUCCGCGAGGCCUGCAUAGAGUUGCUUCCCCAAACCUUCCAAAUCCUCCCUAAAGUGCCUGAGCGGAUCCAGAGGAAAAUCCAGCCAAGCACCGUCUAUGUGUGCAACGAAAACCAAUCCACUGUCUAGGGAGCUUGUCAGAGCAGGCCAAAGACCACUCAAAAGGUCCGGGCCCAGACUCUGCUCCCUAGCCUUUAGUUGUCUGCGUUUUGUGGUGACUACACAAGCACAAAGGUACUCAUUUGUUACCAGGUGAUCUGUGGCUUUCAAUUUUCCAAUUUCCAUAAGACGAAUUAUUAUUAUUUUUUUCUCAGAAAAACCAUAUAUAGCUCUCAUGGGAAUAGGGGCUUGCAGAAGUCGGCUGGAAAGUGAGAAGGGAUGGGUGGGGGAAGCAAAAAAACAAAACUGGCUGAGGGUGGGGCAAGAAGAGGAUCUAUCAAUAGAACAUAUCACUUUUAUCCAAGCCCCCACUCCACAUGCUCAGGAGAAGCCCCUGGUGGCAGAUCAUGGUGGCCACUGUUCACUUUGACGCCAGCAUCCUUCAGAGUUGUAUCUGCAGGGCCUGGGUAUGGUGCAAAGGUCUUCAUAAUGUUUAACUCUGUGUUUCUGCUCACGUAAAGUUAUCCUUUCUAGAAAGAAAUCACGUUGAGAUUGGAAUGUUCUUGAGGUCCCCAGUGGCAGGUGGUGGUGGCGUUAGUGGCCCAAAGUUCAAAAAUGUGCUUUGUGAUAGCUUAACUAAAAUGAGAAGUCCACCUAGACACUCAGGCACCAGAUGUGUGCCCACCCCUCAUACAUCUGGCUAGCCCGACAGUUCCUGUUCAUCUGUUCCUGUCCCCCCUUUGGUCCCUUUGUUUUUAUCCUUUCCAGUGUGCUAAGAACAUACCUAGUGUCCCUCGUCCAGUGGGCAAAUGUUUGUAGUGACUCGCUCUCAGAAGCAGAAGCAGCCAGUGGUCCUGGCUUUGUUUACACAUCUCUGGAUAACCCAGAGCCUCGUGAGGCACCAAAUCCACAUUAGCGCCAGAAUUGCUAUAGGGACAGAACAGACACCCCUCCCCAAAGUGGGGCUUAUACCCAUCCACCUCUGUUCCUCCUACCUCACUCAUGUCCACUGCUGCUGUCAAAUCCUCUUGCCCAGAACCUGAUCCUGGGAGUGAAGUUACUUAGUGGGGAUGUUUUGCUUGUACCCUACACUUGGCCACUAUGCUUGUGGCCACCCAGUAUGACAGCUUCCAGUGAAGGAAGGCGAGCCCUGCAAAUCUGGGGCACAGCAGUGGGUCCAUUGAGCUCUCUAUACAAAGUCAGAUCUGAAGAGAGGGAGAAAUUGAGAAAAUCUGAUUCCAGGUCUGACUCUCAUCAGGGACCAGUCAGUAAUCUUGCUCAUUUCAUCCUUCUGUCAGCCUCAGUUUACCCAUUUGUUAAAGGAGGAAACAGGUCUACAUAGUUCCAGUCCCCUUCAUUCUACCCUUAUCUUAGCCAAAAGGCUAAGAAGCGAUAAGUCCCCUAGAUUCCCGACUGGAUGGUUCCUGCCUGGAAUCACCAGGACCUGUACAUUCAUGUAUUCACCCAUAGAUGGGCAUUUAUUAAGUGCCUGCUGGAUGAAAUGCACUGUGCAAGUAAUAAUGGUGGGAAAAGGCUGGACUGCACCCAAACCUAAUUGAUUUAUCUCAGGAGUGUGAGAACUCAGCCCACUUGGCUCAUUUCUUAACUCUCUCCAGGUCAUACUCAGACGCCAGCUCCCUGCUCUCCCACUCUCUGUGGUGAUGGAGACAGUGAAGGAAGCUGGGGUGUGGCGAGAACAUAACUUACGUUAGGUUCAGCCCAGGGAAGCGUGUCUGUCAAGGAAAUGACUGACCCGUUUCUAUCAGAAAAGAGGGAAAGAAAGAGAAGAUGGGACUGGUGCGUGGUGUAUCAAAGUUGAUGCCACCAAUCCUGUGCCUGUCUCGGCACCCCAGGAUAAAGUUAGCCUCAGCUUCCAUGGGUGGAGUUCACAGGGCCCGAUGGUGCCUGAGAGGAUUGCCGGACCACUGUGGGGGUCAAGCCUGUGGGCACCUCUCCUCCAGUGGUAUUAUAGAGAAAUUUUUCAGGAACCUUGAACAAAGAGAAAUCACAAAACUGAAUGAAGGUACCAAAAUUUACAUCAAUGUGUGUUAUAUGAUAUAUGUUGGAUAGUAAUAUAUAUGUUUCAAAGUAAUAAUUUUGUAUAUAUUUUAAAUAAAGUAUUAUGGCUCUUUCAGUGUA